UGCCCCCCUGCGGGCUCGGCCACUAGCCCGGCGGCCCGGUGCAUGGCCCAGCUAUGGAGGUGGUGGAUGAGACGGAGGCUCUGCAGCGCUUCUUUGAAGGCCACGACAUUAAUGGAGCUCUGGAACCUUCCAACAUCGACACCAGCAUUCUGGAAGAGUACAUCAGCAAGGAAGACUCACCAGAUAUCUGCUUCCCAGAUAUCCCUGCCUCAGCCAGCUACGCACACACCCAGCCUUCCGGCUCUGCCUCUGUCAGCGCUCCUGUUGCCAGCUCCAUUUCCAGCGUCGCUCAUGUGACCAACCCAGCUUCCAGUGGUGCCCUCCAUCUCUGUCCCCCAGGCAGCCAAGGCCCGGUCCGUCAUGGUCCUCUUUUGGCCAACCCCUGUGGACCCAGCUACAGUGCUCACCUCAACUGCAAUAACAACAAUGGCAUGGUGGUGCCCAAGGGGUACCUCAGCGGCCACUGCCUGAAUAACGUGGUCCCCCCAAUCAAAUCAGAGCCCAAGGCCUCCUAUGCACCUGGCACUUUACCCGACUCUCCCCCGGACUCUGGAUCAGAAGCCUACUCCCCCCAGCAGGUGAAUGAUCCUCAUCUCCUCCGGACCAUGACCCCCGAAAACAUGUGCCACAUGACCCCACCUUCCCGGCUGGAGCACCCUCCCCCACCUCCCCACCUUCAGGGUCCCCCGCAACCUCCACCGCAUCCACACCAGCAGCAGCACAACCCCCAUUAUCCCAGUAUGCAGCGGGACAUGUUCAUGAAGCCUGAGCCACUGAUGCCGCCAUACGUCAUCGGGCAAGGCAUGUCCCCUGGUGAUCUCCACCACGCCCAGCAGUCACAGAUGCUUCACCAGCUCCUGCAGCAGCACGGAGCAGACCUCCCAGUUCACCCAGCCAAGAAGAGGAAACACUCAGAGUCGCCCCCCAACACACUCAACGCACAGAUGCUCAACGGGAUGAUAAAGCAGGAGCCAGGUAUGGGGUCUGUGCCACUCAACCCUGACAGAGUCCAAACGCCUCCCUGGCAUCAGCAGGGGGCACUCUCACCAGGCCUAAUUCAGGACAAUGACAGCUUGAACGGUUCCUACCUGGAUCCUAACUACCAGUCUAUAAAGUGGCAGCCACAUCAGCAGAACAAGUGGGUGAUUCUCUACGAUGCCAACUACAAGGAGCUCCCCCCACCCACCUACCGAGUGGAUGCUGACAAAGGGUUCAACUUUUCUGUGGGCGACGAUGCCUUCGUGUGCCAGAAGAAGAAUCACUUCCAGGUCACGGUCUACAUUGGCAUGAUUGGAGAUCCCAAGUACGUGAAGUCUCCUGAGGGCCUGAAGCCCCUCGACUGCUUCUACCUGAAGCUGCAUGGAGUGAAGGCAAAGGCUUUGAACCAAUCGAUCAACAUUGAGCAGUCACAGUCUGACCGCAGCAAACGGCCCUUCAACCCUGUCACGGUCAACCUGCCUCCGGAGCAGGUCACAAAGGUCACCGUGGGGCGGCUGCAUUUCAGCGAGACCACGGCUAAUAACAUGAGGAAGAAGGGCAAGCCCAACCCUGACCAGAGGUACUUCAUGCUCGUGGUGGCCCUCCAGGCCCAUGCCCAGAACCAGACCUAUACGCUGGCUGCCCACAUCUCUGAGCGCAUCAUUGUCAGACAAAGGGCCAGUUCGGGGGUAAAACACAAACGGAGGGCGGACGGGGACCCCGGAGUCUGCAGACAAGCCUCUAACCCGGGUCAGUUUGAGAGUGAUAGCGACGUCCUCUGGCAGCGGGCUCAGCUCCCCGACACAGUCUUUCACCACGGCCGAGUCGGCAUCAACACUGACCGCCCGGAUGAAGCCCUGGUGGUCCAUGGCAAUGUGAAGGUCAUGGGAUCGCUGAUGCACCCGUCAGACAUCCGAGCAAAAGACGACAUCCAGGAGGUGGACACCACAGAACAGCUGAAGAGGAUCUCCCGUAUGCGGCUAGUGCACUAUAACUACAAGCCGGAGUUUGCCGCCACUGUGGGCAUUGAAAGCACGUCUGAGACAGGUGUCAUUGCUCAGGAAGUGAAAGAGAUUCUUCCCGAAGCAGUGAAAGACACUGGGGACAUGGUCUUUGCCAAUGGGAAAACCAUCGAGAACUUCCUGGUGGUGAAUAAGGAGCGGAUCUUCAUGGAGAACGUCGGGGCAGUGAAGGAGCUCUGCAAACUGACCGACAACCUGGAGACCCGCAUUGACGAGCUGGAGCGGUGGAGUCACAAGCUGGCUAAGCUCAAGCGGCUGGACAGCAUGAAGUCAACAGUCAGCUCUGGGGCGUUCAGCCAAACAGGAAGUCAGUUCAGCCGUGCAGGAAGUGUGCCCCACAAAAAGAGGCCCCACAAAAUGACCAGCAAGUCGCCGUCUGUUGUUACGGAACAAGCCUGCAUCAGCCAGCGCUUCUUGCAAGGCACCAUCAUCGCCCUGGUUGUCGUCAUGGCGUUCAGUGUGGUGUCCAUGUCCACCCUCUACGUGCUCAGCUUGCGCAAUGAAGAGGACCUCGCAGACAUUGAUGGAUUAAAUCAGAACUUUGAUAAGACUCAGCUUGUUUCUUCCACGGCUUCAUCAGACAAACCUAGUGACAGCACUUCCCCACACCCUGUGACAGUGAAUGGGCCUGACUCUGCCUAUCGCUUGCCCGGCCGUAGCAUAGCUGUGUGUUUCAGCCCUCCAUGUUUCUCCAUGUGCUGUUCUGCUGCUCCCACCAAUGCCUCCACUGUUGCUGUCUCUGAGAGCAGCCCCACGCAUACCCCCAACCGGACAGACCACAUCCACACCUCCCUCCUGCCAGCAAUGAGUAUCAAAGCCAAAUCAAGGGGUGUGACGGGGAAGGUGACUUCUCAUGCCAAGUGGCCAAAGACCCCGGAGCGGUCGCAGGGCUUCGGCAGCCCCAACGCCAGCCCUUCCUCCCCCUUCACCCACAUUCAGAGCAAAUCCAAAUACAUCUCCAGCUUCUUGCUGUCACGAAACAGCUUCCCGCUGGGGCAGACCCGGCAGCAGCGCAGCAUCACCCAGCCUGCCAGCCAGCAGCCCGGCAUUACGGGCACCGGGCAGGACGGGCCAGAUGCUUUGCUCCGCUCCAUCCGGAUUGUGGAGAAUGACAUGGCCAUCACUUCCCACUAUUGUGCAGCCAGGGAUGCAUGCAGGAGAGGAAACAUCACCUACCACAUCCCCAUCAGCCCGUCCACAGCAGUGAACACCAACCUGACCCUGGAGAUGAAUGCCUCCUCUGCUGUGUCCAUCUACCUUUGUGGCCUCCAGUCCAGUGACCCAUGUCAGAACACAAUGAGCAUGGACAGCUCCACCAAUACCACAGACACCCAGGAAAUGACACAGCGUUGGCCCAUGGUGAUGCUGUCUUUCCGGGAGUUCACCUACCACUUCCGAGUAGCCCAGCCUGGCAAAGCCAACUGUAGUACCACCCCGGAGCACAUGGGGCACCUCUUCACUGACUAUUAUUUCCAGUUUUACUGGCUCUGUGAGUGAGUCCCGGCAGCACCAGUGCCCUUUGCUGGGAGAGAGGAGGGGGACUGGUGAAACCUAUCAGAUUGCCACAUGCCUUCCUCUGUAAACCUCCAAGCCCCUUUCUGCUCCCACCUUCCCCUUGGGGCUCUGAGCUACUUUGGUUCUGUCCUGGGGAUGAUAUAGACACUGAAGUGCUCCAUAAGGAAUAUAGGAACUCUGCCAGGAGCAACACAGCCAGCCCCAGGGAUCUACUGGACAUGCCAACCAAACACCAUAGCCCACAAUCCUGGGCAACUGUGUCCAUCUCCUUCCCUUCUGGAGACACUGGCACCUUCUCCCUCUGCUACACUGGAUUUGAAAGUGUUACACUGGAUCAUGUGUGGACAGGCUUGUCCCAACCUCUAGAGCUGGGAACAACAGCCUGAGAGGCCUGUCGGUUCCUGUAGCAAUGCAGCAGCUCUCUGCAACACUGGAAUUUACCUUCCAAGACUGGAGCUCUUGUCAAUGCUGAAACACUGGAAUUCCAUCCUGAAAAGAGGGCUCUGCCUGGACAUACUGGAAGUCAUACACUGGAGUUACUGUUCUUCUGGUCAGCCACUGCCUAUUUUCCUGCAUCCCUACUCCAUAGGAUUCCUGGUGACAUUGGGAUGCUCCCAUGGACAGCCAGAGAGAAACCCUGCCAAGGAGGGGGCUGCAGAGGCAACAGGGUUCUCCUUGAUCCCUUUCCUCCCUGCCCUGUUUCCUACACUCCAUGCAGACCAGGUCUGAACAGAUGAACUUAAGAACCCCAAAAAACCCCUAGUCAGCCUGUGCCAGCCUGUUGGCAAGGGCUUGCCCUUGAUUCCCCGCCCCCUCAGGAAGUGGGGAGAAAGAGGCACCUUGGAAGCAGUCACCCCCGCUCACACACAAUACAUCUAUCUCAGGAGCCAGUUUGCAGGUGUUUGUGGCUGUACCCCAUAUUUCUGUGGUUGGGGUGGGGACUGUUCCCCUUACUCUAGAGUAGCUAGAGCUGGCUGGUCCCAGGGCCAGCCCCACAGAACAUCCCUGAAGCCCAGCUUCACCCUGCCUGCCUCUGCUCAGGGGUGCCAAAGGGAGGCCACCAGCACAGACUGCUCUGCAGAAUGGGAGUGGGGCUGCUGGAGACUCAGGUGACUGGUUUCACUGCACCUACUGGUGAACACAGCUCUGUUCCCAACAGGUCUCUGCCAAGCAAGGUGGCCCCCUACCGAUUUCCCCUAGGAGUGGAGGGGGCAGGUGACAAGGCCUGAUCCCACUGCCCCCUGGGUAAGCUGGUGAGUGUAUUAUGGGUAUUUUACUGUUACAAGGUUUUAACUUGCUAAACUACUGAAUUUUUUAAAGCAGUAUAAAAACAGGCCUCUUAAUUCUGUCCUUACUGAUCUAUUUGUGUCUUACAUAGGAAACCAAAGGGGGCGAGUGCUGAGCCCCAGCCUGACAGCUAUACUGGUGAUGGGGGAGCUAGGACCUAUCAGACUUUGGCAGCUCUUGUAUGUGUGUGUCUUUCUCCCACCCCAGCACUUUUCACCAGCGGGGGAGGGAAACUUCUGCAUUCCUACAGUCUGAAGCUGUGCCAGGGUAAUCCUAUGCCCCGUUCUGUAAGAAAGUGGCAGCAGCCUCUGGAGAAAGGGAAGGGCAGGCGGAGGAGUAAGCAAGGCAGCUGGGGUGGAAACGCCACUCUGCAAUGCUGAACCAAAGCACAAAGCUGGCUCCAAAGGCACAAGUGUUCUUCCCUUUGCAAAGUGCCAUCACCUGACGUAGGCAGCUUUCACCAAACGGGGGCUGGGUAGCUGUGGCAGGGACUCGGACAGCUCUUUUCUUGCUGGUAGUGGAGACAAAUACAACAGUCACUGAAUUCCAGACUCCAGACAGCAGAGCAGGAUCUAUUCAUGUCCCAGCUGUAAGGAAUGUGGCUACAAUUCCUGUUGCCCCCAGCAAAACAGCAGGGAAUGCUUUUUUAAUCAAAUAGAGAUGGCUCCUGUGCAGCCUUUGGGGGCCUGCGCUUAUCUCCAUUUUACUUUGCGGGUGAUGCAUAGCAAACACAACUCCCCAUUGUCUCUGUGACUGCCCCACACAGGCCAAAUACCUGCAACUCUUAGUGACGUCUGUGGGAGCUAGAGACUUGGUUCCUCUCAGGAUCAGGCCCAUUAUUUGAAGGUGUGGUUUCAGACCAGCUCUUCAGUUUCCAUUCUCUGCCUAUUAACAGAGCAGCCGUCACUGUGUUAGCAGUCUAGCUACUCAAACAAACUGGCUGCAGAGAAUGAGUAUUGAAUGCCCAGUGAGUGAGGGGCAUAUUUUCUGUGCUACACCAGGCAACUACUAGGGGAGAACAGAGGGUUGAUGGCCCAGUGGUCCCUGAGUGCAAAGCAGCCACAAUUCCAGUCUCAAUAGGACUGCAUUCCUGCCAGCAAUUUACAGGAAAUCCUCCACUGCCACUCUUUGCAAAAUACACUUUUUACAUUACUUCCCCCUGCCCCAUUUGCCAUGAACUUUGCUUUGUUUUUUAGCUGGGAAAUUCCUUUAGUGGCAGCUUUUGUCCUCCAUACGGCAAUCACUGACCCCAAUCUUGCAAACUCUAGUCAGUAAGCAAACUCACAGAUUUUGCUGGGACUGCUUACGUGAGGGGUAGCGCUAUGAGGCCCAAAGUUUUCCUCUUGUGUUUUUAAUAGAGCUGAACUUACUGCCUGUGCUUUAAUUUAGUAGAGCUGGCCUUUCCCUGGGCUGAAGUCACUGCCUGCCUGCAACCACCAUAUAAAUCCCCCAACCCACUGGUGUUCUCAGAGGUGGCAGCUGGGGAUCUUCCCAGAUGCCUUUCUUAUCACUACAGAGUAUGCAACUCACUGAGUGCAGUCACUGGAGAUUUAUAACGGUGGGUAAUAGGUUGUAGCCCUAAGUAAGAUCUACAGCAUUCCAGGUAGCCCCAUGUUGCUUAAAGCAUAGGUCAGGGUCACUGCUGAUGUUAAGGAGUGGCUAUCUCCUUUUCCUACCAACACACAGGCACAGCACAUGCUGUGGACCUUGAAGACAAUGGCUAGUGAGUUUCUCAGUACUGAGUUCACCUCCUUUCCAAAAAAGAAAGGAAUAAUUAAAAUGCAGAGGCCUGUCCUACAUUGACAACUAUUUUAAAGCAAGAUGGCAGUGAUUAGUUAAUACCUUAGAUAUUUACAAGAUACAGUAGGAUUAGACUCAGAAUGUACUCUCAGAAAAACUUUUUAUAGUGCUUUUCAUCCCAAAGUACUCCACAAACUACACACAGAUCACGUCAGCCAAACCAUAAUGGUACAUCAAGACAGAAACCAGAGUUUCACAGUAGGGUUGUAAUUGUUAGAGAAAUGGCCAGAUGAUGGCACCAGAGCCCAUGGAAACAACUGGCCAGUGGCCAACUGUGCUGCUUAGAGACAGCCUCCUAAGAUCUCUGCUCUACUCACCUGUAAUUUUUUUUUUAAUAGGCAUCAGGUUUAAUACAAACAAGGGGAAGUACUUUUCCCACACAAUAGCAAGUUAAACUGUGGAACUCAUUGCCAUGGGAUGUUGAUGGCCAAAAGUAUAACUGGGUUCAUUGAAGAACGAGAUAAAGGAUAUGUCCAUCAAUGGCUAUUAGCCAAGAUGGUCAGAGAUGCAACCCCAUGCCCGAGUCAACCCUAAAUUUCUGACUGCCGGGAAGGGAGGACAGGUGGAUCACCCCAACUGCCCAGUUCUGUACGCUCCCCCUGAUGAAAGAGGGUUUUCUCCCCAUCCCCUUCCCAAAAUAGUAGCAGGAAGAGUUACAGUAGGCUUUUCCCUGUGUGAGACGGAGAGAGCUCUGAGCCAGUGUUUCCAGCCUCUCAGGCAGGGAGCUCCCCUUUGUCUCUGCAUUGGGAACCUGAAGCUUCAUCUCUCUAGACAUUCUUAGCUGGAAGGAUGGAUGACAAGUGUGAACAUGGGGCCACUUUCUAAAGUUUGCCUGUUUGGGGGAAGAGUUUGUUUCAAAAGCAAAUUCCCACAUCUUUUGCCCUACUUCUAAAGCUUAAAGCCUGUAAAUAAAGACUGCGGCACCACUGCGAGGAUUAAGAAAAAAAUAAAGCACUAAUUUGUUUGGUUUAAAUGUUGCUGUCACAGCUUUAAUCACUGUAUAUUGCCAGCAAGUUUGUAGAGUUGCAUUCUGAGCAGAUAUUAAUGAUUAUUGGUUUUUAUUUGCUCGGGGGGAGGGGACGGGUUAAGCACUGCUUCCCUCCUUUCUUUCUGAUUUGUAUUUAUAUUUUGCUGAGUUUUGGGGGUGCUGGUUCUCAGGACUCCCCCACCUUUGUUUGGCUUAUCUAGACUUUGUUUUAUGCUGGAGGUAAAUAUACCUAUAUAAAUAAAUAUAUA